GGUGCCGCGUCGGGAGAAAGACAAGCGGGGAGAGCGCGGCGGCAGCGGCGGCUCCUCCCGGGAACAAAGAGGGGAGCGCGGCGCGAAAUGAGCAAAGUCUGAAGAGGCAUGGAUGUAACAUGAGUCCUUUUAAGUAUUCAGUAUAGAUAUGAAUUUUGCAAAAGUUUAUUUUUUGGUAAAUUAGAUAAAGAUGGAUGAAUCGGCUUUGUUGGAUCUGUUGGAGUGUCCUGUUUGCUUAGAACGUCUUGAUGCUUCUGCAAAAGUCUUGCCUUGCCAACACACAUUUUGCAAACGUUGUUUGCUGGGCAUCGUGAGUUCUCGAAAUGAGCUUCGUUGUCCAGAAUGUAGGACUUUAGUUGAUUGCAGUGUUGAUGAACUUCCCAGUAAUAUUCUGCUGGUUAGACUACUGGAUGGCAUCAAGCAAAGGCCCUGGAAACCUGGCACUGGUGGUGGGACUAGUUGCACAAAUGCAUUAAGAGCCCAGAGCAGCACUGUUCCUAGUUGUGGUUCAAAAGACCCACAGAGCUCGCAAGGUGGACAGCAGCAAAGAGUACAAGCACGGAGUCCCACCGUUCGGGGUAUACCUCAGUUACCAUGUGCCAAAGCAUUGUAUACCUAUGAGGGAAAAGAACCUGGAGAUCUUAAAUUCAAUAAAGGUGACAUCAUCAUUUUACGUCGGCAAGUGGAUGAAAAUUGGUACCACGGAGAAGUCAAUGGGGUCCAUGGCUUUUUUCCUACCAACUUCGUUCAGAUUAUUAAACCUUUACCUCAACCUCCGCCUCAGUGCAAAGCACUUUAUGACUUUGAAGUGAAAGACAAGGAAGCGGACAAAGACUGUUUACCAUUUUCAAAGGACGAUGUGCUGACUGUGAUUCGCCGAGUAGAUGAAAACUGGGCUGAAGGAAUGCUGGCUGACAAGAUAGGGAUAUUUCCCAUUUCGUAUGUUGAGUUUAAUACAGCAGCCAAGCAGCUUAUAGAGUUGGAUAAGCCCUCAGGUUCUGCUGUUGACUCUGGAGAAGGUACCUCUGGGGCAUCCCACAACAAUUCAGUCCAAAAGCACACUGAUACAAAGAAGAACACCAAAAAACGGCACUCCUUUACCUCCCUUACCAUGUCCAACAAGACCUCGCAAUCUUCUCAAAACCGUCAUUCAAUGGAAAUUAGUCCUCCUGUCCUCAUCAGCUCCAGUAACCCCACAGCGGCUGCCCGUAUAAGUGAACUGACAGGCCUCUCCUGCAGUGCUCCUUCUCAGGUUCAUAUCAGUACCACAGGGUUUAUUGUGACUCCACCCCCUAGCAGCCCAGUUGCAACUGGGCCUUCAUUUACCUUCCCAUCUGAGGUCACCUACCAAGCUGCUCUUGGUAAUAUGAAUCCCCCUCUUCCACCACCACCUCUUUUGUCUGCCACAAUCAUUGUUUCAACAUCUUCAGGGCUGCCUUCUUCGGGAGUAGUACAAAGGCCUGCAUCAGGAUCAACUGACCAAACCGCACAUUUACGGCCACAGUCUCGACCAAGUGUGUAUAUUGCCAUAUAUCCAUACAGUCCUCGAAAAGAGGAUGAACUGGAACUGCGAAAGGGGGAGAUGUUUUUAGUGUUUGAACGUUGUCAAGAUGGCUGGUUCAAAGGAACCUCCAUGCAUACAAGCAAGAUUGGUGUUUUCCCUGGCAAUUAUGUGGCACCAAUCACAAGGACGGUGACAAGUGCUUCACAAGCAAAAGUCCCCAUGUCUACUGCUGGCCAGACAGCACGAGUGAUGACCAUGGUCAGUCCUUCCACUGCUGGUGGAAUUUCACAGAAACUUCAGGGGAACGGCAUGACAGUCCAUUCCAAUGUGGUCCCAGCUGCUGUGGUUUCUGCGGCACAUAUCCAAACUAGUCCACAAACCAAGGUUCUUAUGCAUAUGUCGGGGCAAAUGACAGUCAACCAGGCUCGCAGUACUGUUAGAACAGGUAAAAAGAACUUGUGCUUCACACCGAACAGUCAGCCUGUGAAAUUCACUGAUGCAAGAGUUGCAGUACACAGCCAAGAAAGACCUACAGCAGCAGUGAUGCCGAUACAGGCUCAAAGUUCAGCAUGCCUUAUCCCUGCAGCUAUGAUCAUUCCCCACCAUUCUGUUGCUUCCCAGCAGCUCCAGCCUCAGCUUUCAAAUGCUGCUGCUUACGUCACUGCUGUGAAUAACAACCGAUCCAAUGUUCCACUGGCUUGUGCAGCAGCUUCUUUAAACUCUUCCAGCAUCACCUCUGCAUCUUUGGAUGGGGACAUAAGUGGGAGAGCUGUGAGUGUUCACCCUGGGGCUCCUGCUUCUCCUGAAAAUGCUUUAGCAGCUGGUGGGAAUACUGCAGUCAGUAAACCAGACAAGGAUAGCAAGAGAGAAAAAAAAGGUUUACUGAAGUUGCUUUCUGGAGCAUCUACCAAACGCAAGCCCCGAGUGUCCCCUCCAUCAUCACCAACUCUGGAGGUUGAGCAAGCAGCUGUAGAGAUGGCCCUACAGGGCGCAGUAGGGCCUGAGGUUCCAUCAGCUGUCAGCCAUGGCAGAGCUGGAUCCUGUCCUGUGGACAAUGAAAUCUCUGCAGCAACACUAUCACAGGAGACUCUGCAUCGGAAAACAAGUUCUUUGGAUUCCAAUAUUCCUAUAGCACCUCCCCCCCGGCAGCCAUGUUCCUCAUUGGGCUCAGUCCAGAAUGAAUCCAGGCCCGUUGUUUGUGAAAGAUACAGGGUUGUGGUCUCCUAUCCUCCUCAGAGUGAAGCAGAACUUGAACUUAAGGAAGGGGACAUUGUUUUUGUACACAAAAAACGUGAGGAUGGCUGGUUCAAAGGCACACUGCAACGAAAUGGAAAAACUGGCCUUUUUCCUGGCAGCUUUGUAGAAAACAUCUGAGAAGAUCCUUUUCAACAGAUGCAAAUCACACUACACUAUAAAAUAGCACAAAUAUAUUAGCAGAAACAGUGCAGUCGUGGAAGACUUUCAAAUGACUGUAAUAUAAACAAAAUUAUAUAUACUUCUCCAGUGUUCUGUAGCACAGUUGCAAGCAAACAAAGAUGAUGAAGGCAUCUGCUAUUUUUAUCACUUUGGAUUCUUAAGUGUAAUGUGUGCCUUGUACUGUCUCAUUUAUUAUACAGGGGAACUCUUUUUCCUUCAAAAAUGUUACACAAAUGAACAAUUGUUUACAAGGCUGUAACUAAUUUAUUCUUUCUUUAAAACUUGAAUUUUGUAAUAACUAAAUUCUUUUGAUUAUGAUUUUAACAAAUUAUUAAUUUAUGAAAUGGUAGCUAAGGGGAAGCUGGAUUCUCUCCUUAUGAGCGAGUGAUUAUCUUUGACAUAGAGCCUCCCAUUUUUCCUUCUGACUUUUUUCCUCACUGUAUAUGACAGUGGAAUCAGUCUUUGUUUUAUGCGUUAAUGUUGAGUUGUGGUGUCAAAUUGAAAUUGCAAACUGGGAAAAAAAAUGGAAUUGUGUGGGAUUUUACUUAGGACAGAAUAUAUCAGUUGUUCUUGAGUCUAAUUCUAUUCCUUAAUAGCUGCCCAAGCAGUGUAACAUUUCUGGAAGGCAAAGGCAUAACAUGGCAACUGAAUAAACCUCAACAGUCUGAAGGAUGGGAAGGAAGAAAUUAAGAGGAUGCCAAUAAGAAAUUCCCUGUAGCUUCUGUCUGUUCAAGAAUUUGGAUAGCUGAAGAAAGUUUAAUUUGCAUAUUUGGCUAGUUCUUUGGGCAGCUAGUACUUUCAGGCUGUAACCGAGAUAAAACGAAGGUUAAAGCACAACAGUAGAACAAAUUAUAUUUGGGAAAUACUUGUAAUUUGAUAACAGCAACUUAUUUCCUAGGAUUGAAAAUUUGAGUAAAAUUCAAGUUGUAUUCAGUGUCUAAAAAUGCCUAAGAAAUGUAAUUUGCUUUGGUUUUUGUUUUUUUCCCCCAAAGUGAUCUGCACGGCCAGGAGACAUUUUAAAAUGUUUGAGCAAUAGUGAUGGUAAGUGAUGCACUUGUGUUAAAGUAAUAGGCUGUAAAGAGACACUGUGAAAACUUUGCUAAAUUUUUAACUGUUGCUACUUUGAUACAUCCUGACUUUUUCAUUGUCUUGCAUGUAUUAUUGAAGUCUCACAGUAAUGUAAACUGUGCAUGAUUUGUAUUUUUAAUUCCAAUUUCCUGUUGUGGGUUAUUUUGCUCUGGAAUUUGCCCAUUGCAGGGGAUAUUAAGUAAACCAGAAUUCUGUUGUUGUCCAAAAUCCACUGACCAAGACUAGUGAGUGACUCACUCUUAACGCAGUAGGUGUUCAGUUUUUGAGUCAAUAAUAAAACAUUUUUACGUCACUCCAGGGUGAUAGGUAUAAAAAAGAAAUCCUGCAAGGAGAAACUACUUUUAGUCUUUGCGGGUUUUAUGAGAGGUUUGAUGCUAGUGAACCCACAGCAUAUAGCUGGGACAGCAUUCAUCUGAGCUUGUCUUUUUUACUGUUGCUUUAUUAUAAUGGUUUCAUUGCUCUCACUUGCAAGGUACUAAGCACCAUCAAUUCCCAUAAAAGUCAAUGGAAGUUGAGGAUGUUCAGCAUCUCACAAAGUGGGACCAGCAAUGUGAUGUAAUGUUGUGCAACACACAGAAAGAGGAAUAUACUGGCUGGUGAUGAAUUAAAUCAUUGACAUAACUUCUGAUUAAAAUGCAACUGAAAUUUUAAUUUUAUGAAUUACAAAUGGAAGAAUAAUAAACAUUAACCAUAAGAAUUUCUUGUAAUAUCAGGUAGUGUCAUGAUGGUCUUAAAAAUAAAUAUCUGUAAAUAUAUAUAGCUGGAAAUGACAACAUUCCUAAGCUAACAAUCUGUAUGAAACACUGUACAAUCCAAUUCUUGUGCUUUUUAAAUAUUUUUAAAUAAUUUACUUAAAUAUUCAUGUAAUAUAUUAAGGUUUUGUGAAAUGAACUUUAGUUUGGAAGAAGCUGUCAUCAGCUUUCAUCAGCAUAAAUUGACACUAAUGUGUCAAAAUAUUCUUAUUUUGGGAAAUUAGUGCAUUUUAUAUUAAAAAAAGACUACUAAAGGUUAAAAAAAACUUUUUUUUUCCUAGCGCUCUACUCUCCAUACUUUGUGACUAAAGUACCUCUAUUCAUAAGGUUUCAAGGUGUAAAGUCAGUUAAAAUAUCAGCUGUUAAUAGUUGUGUUAGAUUAAAUACAUUUUCUAUUGACUUUUUAAAGACACUGAAUUAAUGUUUUGUAACAAGGGCUUGUUACACAGCAGUGCAACAAUGAUUAAAAAUGUAGUUUAUCAUG